AUGGCUCGCAAAAGCUUUCGCAUCUCGAAGGUGGGGUUGGGAGGGACAGGCGACAACUGGAUGGUAGAAAUGGUGCGCGCGAUAGCGAGCGACAGCGAAAUUGAAGCGCUGGGUGUACCAAUUGAAGAAGCGGGAAAGGCCAUAUGCAAGAACGUGUUCCCCAUUCUAAAAAAUCACCUAGCUUUCGUAGUGCAGUAUGACAGAAACUGUUUUGAAGCAGCGCUCGUCGACGAAAUUACGCAGGGGGAGGGACCUAUUGCCUCCAUGGAACUUCUUGAAAAAGUUAAAGAAGCAGAGGAAAAGAUUAAGGAACUUACAAAAACGGUAGCCACUCAGUCUGAAAAGAUGAUCGAGCUCGAGAACAAUCUGGCCCAAGCCCAUGAUUUCCUUGACAAAGUAGAAGCCGCAAAGGAAAGCGCCUUGUCUGCUGCCGAACAGAGCAGAGAAUUUGCAAAAAAAGAAGAAGAAAGGUUUCCCAAGUCAAACAAAGAAUUUGUCGAAGAGUUGCGCAUGAAGCUACGGGACGAAGUAGUGCUUGAGCUGGCCGAAGAGGCGACGGCGGCAUCUUCAAACGUAAUGACGGCAGAGAAGGAAGUGCAAACAGAUCCCGCGACGCCUGAGAAGAAUGCAGACAUAGUUGAAAAACCUGCAGAAAAACCUGAAAGCGUCCCUGUUUCGCCUCCCCAGCCACCAGCUCAGGAACAGAGUGAAGAGAACAAUGUUUCUGGCCGACGGCUGACGGCCACCGACAGAGAUCUUAUUAAAAAGUGUAUCGACGAAAUACGCAGGCUGAACACCCUACUCUCAAGCCACGGAUCUCCAUCUCUUGGCUUCCCUCAACGGGAAAUUGAAGAAGACAGGAGAGGCAUCUCUGUGCGUAAUACCUGCGUGGGCACAUCGGAGGGGUCCUUCGGCGGUUUUCAGGGCAACGUGUACGAGCACGUACCCCUGACCACUUUGCGUCUUAGCCCGAUUUAUCGUGCAAAUUUAGAAAGAACAGAAGGGGCAACCCCAAGAAGCAUGCGCCACCCUGUGCACCAACCUGCGAAUCCACCCACGCGUCUAUCUCCUCGUGGCGUCCCACAGUUCGUAGAGGGCAGCACCCUUGCUGCCACAUGGUUUAGCAGCCCCCCAGCAGCAGCUGUUGUUGCUGAUAUGACUGGAGUAUCCGCAGUACCAGCUCCUCCUCACCAGCAGGGGCCGUCUUCUGGGUCUGGGGAGGCGGCUACGCUGCAGGACUCGCCGCAGCAGCAGACUUUCAUGCAUUCGCACUUGAUGUCUGCUGAGGUUCCCGAGGACGUGGUUGUGAGCGGCAGCCCUGAGUCUAGCCAGCACACAGCAUUACCCGUAAAAGGAAACAAAGCUUUUUCUCUGCCGGCUUCACUCCACGCAGAAGUUGCCGCUGGCGAGAUAGGCAAGACAGCAGCACAAAUACCAAAGGCGAAGUUUCAACCGUCCUUCGCCAAUGACCCGUAUCUUUCCCUCGAGCCCCCCGAUCCCAGCUCUUCUGCAUCCGCUGUUUUAAACACCACAGACUACGUAACAGAAAACACAACAGAAGUCACAAGGCUUCCCCGUUCCCCUGAAGGAACAGAAACGGAGGCUGUUGCAACUACGGAACUAUCUGCUGCAGUAGCAGAUCUAGAUGUUCCUUCUGCCGCACCAACAGCGCUACCAGAGCCUGCAGCUAGCGGGCAAAACAGCCCAGUAAAAGAAAUCUCCAUUGCUGCUCCAGCAACGGAAACUCCAAUUCCAAAUUCCACUUCUGGUUUUGUCGAAGGGGCAUCGCUGAAAGAAGCGCAAAGGGCGGAAGUAGAAGAAUCCCAAUGGCAAGUUUCCCCUACGCCUUCAUUAGGUGCCCAUGGAAGCAGCAGCGCCAAUGCUGCACUUGAAGCUCUCUCCUCUUCACAUUCAGAGGCAGCAGUUGCAGGCGGAGAGAAGAAAAUAGAACCAACAACAGCAAUUGACAAAAACCAGAACUUUUCUAGUCAGGGGGAGCAGCCCAUUUCCAACUCGCAGCCGAAGGCUGCUCCUACUACGCUACCUCCGCAGCAGCCACAGCAGCAGCAGCAGCAGCAGCAGCCAGUCCAGCAUCAGCAGCAGCCAGUCCAGCAACAGCAGCAGCCAGUCCAGCAACAGCAGCAGUCAGUCCAGCAACAGCAGCAGCCAGUCCAGCAACAGCAGCAGCCCCUCCAGCAGCUCCAGUCGGACGAACAGAAAUCCAAGCCAGAGCAGCAGCUGUCGCAGCCGCAGCCGCAGCAGCAGCAGUCGCCCCAGCCCCCACAAUCCGACAAACAACAGCAACAAAAGGAGCAGCAGCAGCAGCAGCAACAGCAACAGCCUGCCCAGCAGCAACAGCAGCCCUCCCUGCAAGAGCAAUCCUCUCAACAGCAGAAACUGUCAACGCAGCAGCUCCAGCCGCCCUCCCAGCAGCAAGUACAAGAAGCCCCCCAACCGCAGGAGCCGCAGCAGCCGCCGGCGCAGCCGCAGCAGCAGCCGCCGCAGCAGCCGCAGCAGCAGCAGCUGGUGGGGGAGCAGCUGCUGCAGGGUGCCGCGGCUGUGCGGGCGCAGCAGGCAGCUGCGGCGGAACGCGAAAGCGUGUGCGUGGGAGUUGAGGGGCGUUUGUGUUUGCCUCCCGAGGCCAUCUUUGGCCAGCAGGGCCCCCCCCUGUGGCCCCUCGUCACUGGGGGCAGCGCCUGGCGCCGCAGCCACGCGACGAAGACCAUUCGCCUCGCGCCGCUGCAGCGCACAGCCAGAGAGCACUUCCGGCCCCCGCCGCUGCACCCCGAGGCCCCACUCGCCGCCCCCCUCGCGCUGCACCCCGUUGGUGGAAGAGAAUCUUUUGGAGAUCGGCUGGCGCAGAUGAAUGAGGCGCCGCCCGACCCGGACAACGGGGUGUAUCUACCCCUCAAGGGCUCGAAGCUUGGCAGCGCUCCACGGAAGUUUCCAAAAAAAGAAACAAAACAAACUCCCGAAGCCACUUGCAAAACUCUGAGUGAUCUUCGCAUUAGAAAUGAAGUGCUCGAGAACCAGGUUUUGGGGCUCUCCGUCGCUCUGGGGCAAGCUCACGAGCGGCUGAACACUCUGACGCGGGUUUGCGACCGGCUGACGGGAGGCGUUUCAGCGCAGAGAUGA